AUGGAGCCGGUGUACUCGAGCGGUUGGAACGGCCGCCUCGUCCACGCCAACUCCGUAUCGCUUUCGCUGUCGCUGUUGCUGCCCUCCACAGUGCUGGGCGCCAUGUGGUACGAAUCCGCGCGGCUGUUGAUGCCCUGUGAGGUGUUCAUCUGGCUGUUGCGUGCGCGCGAGACGGAGAGCACCGGCACAGGCUCCAGGUCAGCGAGGAACUCCAUCCACGUGUCACGGUCGUCCUUGACGUCCGUUGCGAAUACCAUGAGACGGCGCUGCCGCCGCUGUGAUGCGCAAUCAAGACGCUCGCUAAACUCAACGCCAAAGUAG